AUGUGUGGAAUUUUCGGAUACAUCAAUUACCUUGUUGAGAAGGAUCGUAAAUUUAUCCUGGACACAUUGAUCCAAGGUCUUUCUCGUCUUGAGUACCGUGGAUAUGAUUCAGCAGGUGUAGCGGUUGACGGAGAUAAGGAGGGCGAGGUUUUCGCAUUCAAGGAAGUUGGAAAGGUUGAGAAGCUCAAGCAGCUCAUCGCUGACUCCAAGCCCGACCUUGAUGCUACUUUCGUUUCGCACGCUGCCAUCUCCCACACCCGAUGGGCCACCCACGGACAGCCCUCGCGCGUCAACUGCCAUCCUCAUAGGAGUGACCCCACAUUCAGAUUCACCGUUGUUCACAAUGGUAUCAUCACAAACUACAAGGAAUUGAAGGCGCUUUUGGAGAGCAAGGGUGAGGUUUUUGAGAGUGAGACCGAUACCGAGUGUAUCGCCAAGCUUGCCAAAUACAUCUACGACCAGAACAAGAGCAUUGACUUCACCACCCUGGCAAAGUCCAUCAUCUCAGAGCUCGAGGGUGCUUUCGGACUUUUGCUGAAGUCUGUACACUACCCCCAUGAGGUCAUUGCUGCCCGUAAGGGAUCUCCUCUUGUCAUCGGUGUCAAGACCUCAAGGAAGAUGAAGGUGGACUUUGUUGAUGUUGAGUUUUCCGACUCAAUUCCUCUUCCGGCCGAGCAGGCUUCACACAACGUUGCCUUGAGGAACCUCAAGUCCGGUCCCCAGAACAGCUUGGCUCCUCCGGACAAGAGCCUUCUUCACAGAUCCCAGUCUCGUGCUUUCCUGUCUGACGACGGAAUGCCCGUGCCUGCUGAGUUCUUCUUGAGUUCCGAUCCAUCAGCUAUCGUUGAGCACACCAAGAAGGUUCUCUACCUUGAGGAUGAUGACAUUGCGCACAUCCACGAAGGCCAGCUCAACAUCCAUCGUGCCGGAAAGAACAACGGUGCUUCUGCCAUCCGUACCAUCCAGACAUUGGAGUUGGAGCUUCAGGAGAUCAUGAAGGGCAAGUUCGACCACUUCAUGCAGAAGGAGAUUUUCGAGCAGCCCGAGUCGGUUGUCAACACUAUGCGUGGUCGCCUUGACGCUGUGAACAAGAAGGUUACCCUCGGUGGUCUCCGACAAUACUUGAGCACAAUCCGCCGCUGCAGAAGAAUUAUCUUCAUUGCCUGCGGUACCUCAUACCACUCCUGUAUGGCUGUGCGAGGAAUCUUUGAAGAGUUGACAGAGAUCCCGAUCGCCGUUGAGCUUGCCUCGGACUUUUUGGACAGGCAGGCUCCGGUAUUCCGUGACGACACCUGCGUGUUUGUUUCACAGUCUGGUGAAACCGCCGAUUCACUGAUGGCGUUGAGGUACUGCCUUGAGCGCGGAGCCCUUACUGUUGGUAUCGUUAACGUUGUCGGAUCUUCAAUCUCACUCCUCACCCACUGUGGUGUCCACAUCAACGCUGGUCCGGAAAUCGGUGUGGCAUCAACAAAGGCCUACACAUCGCAGUUCAUUGCCUUGGUCAUGUUUGCGCUGUCGCUGAGUGAGGACCGUGCGUCAAAGAUCCAGAGGCGGGCAGACAUCAUGGAUGGUCUGGCCAACAUCUCCAACCAGAUCAAGAGCAUCUUGGAGCAGGACCAGGCCAUCAAGGAGUUGUGCAAGACCUUCUUCCAGAACCAGAAGUCAUUGCUUCUCCUUGGAAGAGGUAACCAGUUCGCUACCGCUCUUGAGGGAGCGCUCAAGAUUAAGGAAAUCUCAUACCUCCACUGUGAGGCUGUCAUGUCCGGAGAGCUUAAGCAUGGUGUCUUGGCUCUCGUAGAUGAGAACCUGCCCAUCAUCAUGAUCUUGACCAGGGACGAGAUCUUCAAGAAAUCAUUGAACGCUUACCAGCAAGUUACUGCUCGUGGUGGUCGCCCAAUUGUCAUCUGCAACAAGGAUGACGAGGAGUUUGUCAAUGAGAAGUGCGAGAAGAUUGAGAUGCCGACAACCGUCGACUGCUUGCAGGGUCUUCUCAACGUUAUUCCCCUUCAGCUUGUUGCGUACUGGCUUGCCAUUGCUGAGAACCUUAACGUUGACUUCCCAAGAAACUUGGCCAAGUCCGUUACUGUCGAGUAA